AUGGGAAGUAUUAUCUCGCGGUUGAAAGGAAGGCUUCGUACUUUUAAACGGUCCUCGCAAACGUUGCCCAACCAAGCAGCACCCAUUCCAGAAUCGGAUCUCAACAAGCCAUCAACCACGCGAACCAAAUCAAAGACGAAUCACUUUGGCUUUCUUGAACUAGUACCUGGGAUUGAUCCUAUAGUCGACAUUAUUGCCAUCCAUGGCUUGGAUGGCCAUAGGGAGAAGACAUGGACGGCUGAGAAUGGUACCUUGUGGCUUCGCGAUCUCCUCUCAUCCGACAUACCCAACGCCCGAAUCCUCGUAUACGGCUAUGACGCUGAUACCCGGAGCCGAGAAUGUGUAUCGACGCAGACGAUAUAUCAACAUGCGGACAAGCUUGUCAAAUCUCUCUCACGGGAGCGCGGUGAUAAUCCACGUCGACCAAUUAUUUUCAUUGCUCACAGCUUGGGAGGUAUUGUGCUCAAACAGGCCCUUGUUCUCUGUCACAACGAGGUUAUGGGCUCGAAGACUCAACUGCGGGAUAUAUUGGCGUCCACCCAUGCCGUCCUAUUCUUCGGAACUCCUCACUCUGGUGUCAAAGGCGUCGAGCUUUUCCACACUCUGAACAGGCUUUUAUCGGUAUACACGAGGACAACAAAUGAUGUUCUCCAGCAUCUUAGGGAGAAUUCACCAGCAUUAGAGAAUAUACAGGGCCUAUAUACCUCGGCUAGCAAGGAGAUCGAAACGGUCCUGUUCUACGAAGUGUAUGCGACACCGAUUGUUGGCGGCAAGCGCCUACUGAUUGUACCGCGUCACUCCGCUACAGUCACCGGGGAUGGUGGCGCAAAGGAAGAGGCACUAGACGCAGAUCAUUGUGAGAUGGUCAAGUUCUCGGAUACAGAGGAUGCGAACUAUAGGACUGUUUGUUCGUACAUCAAGCAAUAUGUUGCAGGAUCUGUCACUGCAGUGACGAGAAAAUGGUCCACGGAGGAUGCCUAUCGAGCCCUGGCGAACGCAGGGAACAUGCCGUCUAACGAGAUCGUUUUGCCAAAGCCUCGUCCAGCGGUUUCACACUACGUUGAUAGACCAAGAAUUCAAUCCCUAAUCACCCAGAGUAUCCUUCCGGCGGAACCUGUGCGGCAUCAACCACGGUGUAUAUUACAGGGGAUCGGAGGGGCGGGGAAGACUCAGCUUGCCACCAAUUGGAUUCGAGAGAACGAGAGCAGGUUCACCCGUGUGAUCUUUAUCGACGCUUCUAGUCAAGGACAGUUGGAGAAAGACUUAGAGCAGUCCAUUCGCUGUUUAGGUCCGGAAUAUAGCAAGAUGACCUGGAAGGAUGCGGUAGCAUACCUUGACGGAAAGGAAAAAGGAUGGUUGUUGUUCCUAGACAACGCCGACUCGCCAGAUGUCAAUCUCAGCCCAUACCUCCCCUCUUCAACUGAAGGGGCGGUCCUCAUUACGACGCGGAAUAAUGCAUCUGUUGGCUAUGCUCUCGAUGGUGCAGUCCCUGUCGGUAAUCUCGAGGAGAGCGAGGCGGUGAAGCUCCUUCAUAGGAUCGCCAACAUCGCCCCUCAAUCCGAUACUGCGUCGCUCGAAAUCGUCAGAGAGCUCGGCAUGCUGGCUGUUGCGAUUACUCAGGCAGGAGCAUACAUUCGCAAGACACGGCGCCUCGAUACGUACCUUGACACGUUUCGUAAGCACCACGAGGAACUUCUGCGAGAGCAACCGCAUAUCGGCAGCGAGUACAAUUCGUCAACGUACGCCGCGUUCGAUCUAUCUUUCAAGCAUCUCCCAAUGAAGACACGGCAGUUCUUGAACCUCUGCGCAUUUUUUCACCACUUGGUCAUUCCAAUUGCUCUGUUUGAACAGUCCAUAGGAUCCAGUUUCACUACGCACACCGUCUUAGAGAGCUGUCCCCCACCAGAGAGUGAUAAGGCAUUCGCCUCCAAACUCGAAGAGCUUCUAGGCUCAACGUGGGAUGAGCUGGAGUUCCAGAGGCUAGUUGAACCAGCCACUUACGCAUCCUUUAUUGACGUUUCGAGCGACGGACUAUUCUACACCGUCCACCCUCUCCUUCAAGUGUAUAUCAAGGACCACCUUGGCAAAGGGGAGAAUCAGCGCUAUAUGCGUAUGGCAAUUCAACUCCUACUCGGUGCGAUCCGACCAGUCCAGGAUAGCAAUGUGCAGCAUUGGCAGCUGCUCCCACACGCCAACAGCAUGCUGCGGUCCACGCAAUUGGAAGACGUGGCCCAUGCGUUGGGAUUUCACAUGUUCUAUGAGUCACUAGGUGACUGGAACUCGUGUCGAGAGUUAUUGGAGUCUACCCUUCCACAACUUUGCCGAGCUAAAGGCGGAAGGCAUCAAGAUUCAAUAUGGCUCAUGAACAAACUUGCCAUUACGGUAUAUAAAUGUGGGAGAUUGGAUGAUGCGGAAAGAAUGGAACGAGAAGUGCUUGCUCUGCGGCUAGAGAUCCUUGGAGAACGCCAUCCAGACACAAUCGUGGCAAUGAACAACCUCGCAAUCACCUUGAGUGAGCGUGGUCAGUGGGUCGAGGCCGAAACGAUGCAACGAGAGGUGCUCAAUCUGCAUCUGGAGAUCCUUGGAGCACGCCACCCAGACACAGUCACGGCAAUGAGCAACCUCGCACUCACCUUGAGUGGGCGUGGUCAGUGGGUCGAGGUCGAAAAGAUGAAACGAGACGUUUUUGCUCUCGGUUAG